AUGCCUGCCUUCCUUAAAUAUAUUGAUAUGGAAAACUUCAAGUCCUAUCGCGGCCACCACCGCAUAGGUCCUCUGAAGUCUUUCACCGCCGUUGUAGGCCCAAAUGGAUCGGGGAAAUCCAAUUUUAUGGACGCCGUGAGUUUUGUGAUGGGAGAAAAAACAUCUUUGUUGCGAGUGAAACGUCUUAGUGAUUUGAUACAUGGUGCCUCCAUUAACAAACCAGUAUCAAGAAGUGCGUCGGUGACUGCAACCUUUAUUUUAGAGGAUAUGACUGAAAAACAAUUUCAAAGAUCUGUAAUUGGACAAUCUUCUGAUCACAAAAUUGAUGGGCAUUCAGUGCCAAUAAGUCAAUACCUGACAGAGUUAGAAAAGCUUGGUAUUAAUGUGAAGGCCAAGAACUUUUUGGUUUUCCAAGGAGCAGUGGAGAGCAUUGCAAUGAAGAACCCUAAGGAAAGAACGGCUUUAUUUGAAGAAAUCAGUGGCUCUGGUGUGCUAAAAGAGCAGUAUGAAGCUUGUCGGGCUGAGGUCAACAGGGCCGAUGAAGAAGCACAGUUCUCAUAUCAAAAGAAAAAAGGUGUGGCGGCUGAGCGGAAAGAGGCCAAGUUUGAAAAGGAGGAAGCGGAGAAAUACACAAGACUAAAGGAAGAAUUGCAACAACAAAAAAUAGAAUUGCAGCUAUUCCACCUUUAUCACAAUGAGAAAGAUAUCCAAGCAGCUGAAGAAGAACUUCAGCAUAAACAAUCAGAACUGGCUAAAGUAGAGAAGAAACGGCAGAAAGCAGAAGAUGCUCUAAAAGAAAAGAAGAAGGAGUCCGGCACAGUACAGAGAGAACUGGCUAAGAUAGAACAGGAGAUAAGAGAAGUGGAAGCAGAGAUAUCAAAGAAACGGCCAACCUUUAUCAAGGCUAAAGAACGUGUGACUCACACACAGAAGAAACUGGAGAGUGCCUUGAAAACAUUAGAGCAGGCUCGGAAGGCACACGAGGCUCACCAGGCUGAUAUAAGGAAACUAGAAGAAGAGCUCCGUCAGGUGGAAGAAGAGAAGGCAGCGUGGGAAGCAACGCUGACCGGCACCAGCACCAGCAGGGCUGACGUGCAUCUGGAGGAGGCCCAGAUAAGAGAAUACGAGGAGCUGAAGAUGGAAGCGUCGAGACAAGCGGCGCGCUACCUACAGGAACUAGACUCUGUGAACAGAGAACAGAAGGCGGACCAGGACCGGCUGGACAACGAGAUGAGGAAGAAGGGGGAACUGGAGAACAAACACAGGCAGAAGGGCCACGAGAGGAACGAGGCGAUGAAACGUGUGGAGAAACUGAACGAACACAUCAAGAGCUCGGAGCAGGCGCUCGAGGAACAGAGGAGGCUUAGGGCGGAGUUACAGGCGGACGUGGGCUCCUGUCGAGGACGAGCGGCGGCCCUGCAGCAGGCGCUGGAGGAAGUGGCCUCCCAGCUGGGAGACGCGCGGGUCGACAAACACGAGGAGGCGCGACGGAGGAAGAAACAGGAGAUCGUGGAGAGCUUCAAGCGGGAGAUACCUGGAGUGUACGACCGUAUGAUAAACAUGUGCCAGCCGACCCACAAGCGGUACAACGUGGCCAUCACCAAGGUGCUGGGCAAGUACAUGGAGGCCAUCGUGGUGGACACGGAGAAGACGGCGCGCCGCUGUAUACAGGUGCUGAAGGAGCGCAUGCUGGAGCCCGAGACCUUCCUGCCGCUCGACUACAUACAGGCCAAGCCGCUGCGGGAGAGGCUACGAGACAUCAAGGAGCCCAAGAACGUGAAGCUGUUGUUCGACGUGCUGCGGUUCGAGCCGGCCGCCAUCCACCGCGCCGUGCUGUUCGUGACCAACAACGCGCUGGUGUGUGAGACGCCCGAGGACGCCUCGCGGGUCGCGUACGACCUGGACCGCACCAAGAACAGCAGAUACGAUGCCCUGGCGUUAGACGGAACCUUCUACCAGAAGUCAGGCAUCAUCUCCGGGGGGUCACUGGACCUGGCGCGGAAGGCCAAGCGCUGGGACGAGAAACAUCUGUCACAACUCAAGGCUAAAAAGGAGAAACUGACGGAGGAGUUGCGGGAGUCCAUGAAGAAGUCUCGCAAGGAGUCCGAGUUGACCACCGUGGACUCGCAGAUACGGGGCCUGGAGAGUCGGCUCAAGUACGCGCUCACGGACAGAGACACUACGCUGAAGCAAAUCAAAACCUUCGACGCCGAGAUCGAAGAGCUGGAGCGGAAAAUAGAGAUGUUUGGGCCUCAAGUGGAGGAGAUCGAGCGAACAAUACGAGCGCGGGACGCCAAGAUACAAGAGGUGAAGGAGAACAUGAACAACGUGGAGGACGUGGUGUUCAGGGCCUUCUGUAGAGACAUCGGGGUCGCCAACAUACGACAGUACGAGGAACGGGAGCUGCGCGCGCAGCAGGAGAGAGCCAAGAAAAGGAUGGAGUAUGAGGCGCACAUCGACCGGAUAGGAUCCAACUUGGAGUUUGAACGGUCGAGGGACACACAGAAAAACGUAACGAGGUGGGAGAGGACGGUGCAGGACGGAGAGGAUGAGCUGGAGGUCAGCAGGCAGGCGGAGGCCAAGCAGCGGGCCGACGUGGACCGGGAGCUGCGGCGGGCAGAGGAACUCAAGGCGGAGCGGGCCGCGGCCAGGGCGGCGCUGGAGAAGGCGGACGACGCCGCCGCCGGCGCCAGGAGGGACCUGGCCGCCGUCAACAAGGACAUACAGACCCUGCAGAAACACGUGGCCGCUGUGGAGGCGCGCAUCGAGAGCAAGCGGAGCGACCGACACAACAUACUGAGGCAGUGCAAGAUCGACGACAUCCAGGUGCCGCUGGUGGAAGGCUCGCUGGACGACACGGCCGAGGAGUCCGAGCCCUCCUCGAUGUCCACCACGCAACAGCAUCUCCGGGACUCCAGAAUCCGUGUGGACUACCGCAUGCUGGGCGAGUCCCUCCGCGAGCUGGACGAGCCGGACGAGGUGAAGCGGCGCGGAGACAAGCUGCUGAAGGCCAUCAACUCCCUGCAGAACACCGUCGACAAGAUACAGGCGCCCAACAUGAGGGCUAUGCAGAAACUUAAUGAGGUGCGAGAAAAAGUGAGCGCUACGAAUGAAGCUUUCUUAGCGGCUAGGAAACGAGCGCACAAGGCGAAACUAGCCUUCGAAAAGGUGAAGAAGGAGCGGUACGAUAAAUUCAUGAACUGCUUCGAACACGUCGCCAAUGAAAUAGACGCCAUAUACAAGGCGCUGGCCAUGAACCAGUCGGCGCAGGCGUUCCUGGGCCCAGAGAACCCUGAAGAGCCCUACCUGGACGGAGUCAACUACAACUGUGUAGCGCCGGGGAAACGGUUCCAGCCCAUGUCCAACCUGUCCGGAGGAGAGAAAACAGUGGCUGCCCUGGCCCUGCUCUUCGCUAUACACAGCUACCAGCCCGCGCCCUUCUUCCUGCUGGACGAGAUCGACGCGGCGCUGGACAACACCAACAUCGGGAAGGUGGCGUCCUUCAUCCGCUCCAAGAAGGGUUCCCUGCAGACCAUCGUCAUCUCGCUCAAGGAGGAGUUCUACGGCUGCGCGGACGCACUCGUCGGCAUCUGCUCUGAGGUAAACACGAGUCUGUACUUGGCAGAAGAACGAGGCCGAUCAAUGUAUACAUUCAAAUAUCUAUAG